GCCCCCGCUCCCUGGAGCCGCCGCCGUGGCCCAGGGCGGCGGUGGCCUCUGGCAGCUCGCCGCCGCGCGCGGCGCGUCCGCGCGCGGGCACGCUGGCCGAGCUGGACCCGCGGCGGUACACCGUGGAGGCCCUGUCCCCGAGGACCGCAACUUUGCUGAGGGGGGACGCGUGUGCGCUCGGGUCGACUCCCAGGAGCCCGGACCUCCUCCUCUCUGCCCGGCGGGCGCGGCCGCCGCGGCCACCGACAUCGGCGUCACCUUCGGGGCGCUCCCUGCAGCGCCUGCGGGCCAGGCGGUGGAAGGCGUUAGCUGCAGCCGCUGGGGCAGCCCGGCCCGUGGCGCGGGCGGCUGGUCCUUGGAGAGCGUGUCCCCGUCGAGCGGCGAGGUGGACAUCAAGGCGCGGCUGAUCCGGGAGCUCGCGGACGGCCUGGCGGAGGCGGAGGCGGACCACGGCCGCGCGCGCGCCGCGCAGCCUCCCGUCGCUGGCGGGGCGCGAGGCGACUGCUCGCUCGGCCUCGCCGCGCCGCCCGCCGAGCCGCGCAUGCAGCCCCGGCGCGUGGCCUGCGGCUCUCCGCGCGGCGGCGGCGGCUCGGCUGGCGCCGUCGCGGGCGCGCUGGCGGCGGCGCUGGGCGGCCACGCGGCACGCAAGGCGCUUGAAAGCGCCGCGCCCGCAGCGGUGCCGACCCCGCUGAGGAGCCCGCGGGCCUUGGGGCGCGCUCUUCUGGGCGAGGCGUGUGCUGGGUGAUGUUAGGACCACCUCCCCCCUCCCUUCUCCCUCUCCCCCCUCUCCGACUUCAGCAGCGCCCCGUGCCGCACGCUGGAGCGCAGCAGGCGCGCGUGUACCC